GGUCUGUACACUUUAUGAAGUGGGACCCUUUAGGAGAAUCAUAGUGGAACAUUUUACUUGUUGAUGAAGCUCCCCACCCAGCCAUUGCACCUUUAAGUGCUGACCUCUGACAUUGAUCUUGUAACGAGAUGAUCAAGUUUUCCGCAACGGAAAGCAUCGACCGUAUGAAAAACAUUUUCAAGUCUCACCUGCAUCAAAACUCAACCAGUAUGGAAACUGUAAUGAAUUGGAUGCAUGGGAAAAAAGCUGGAGAUAGAAACCAUUCUGCUUGGAGAAAAGUGUGCAACACAUGGUUCAAAAUAUUUGAACUCGGGAUUUUAACCCGUAAAUCUUCUUUUGAAAGCAAAGAAUGGAACCCUUGGAGGGAUUGGUGUCAAUCUUGGGAAGAAUUUCAGUCUUCUGAAGAAAAGCCACCAAAAUCUGAAAAGCAGAAAGCAGCUAUAUUUUCAGAAAUGUUUCACAUAGCAAAACUGACCAGAGAUAAAUUAGAAGACGCGAAAGCCAUGAGAACAUGUCUGGAGCAGGUAAAAGACGAGAACCAAAAUUUGAGAACCCAGAAUUUGAUCUUGAAAGAUAAAUGUGAGGUGCUUCAAUGUAAAUUAGAUGCAGAAAAACAGAUAAGAGAGGAGAAUGACCGCUUUAAUAACUACAAUGUGGAGAAGGAAGUCAAGCUCAGAAAAGAACUUGAGGUUGAGAAGCAGAACUUGAAAUUUCAAGUCCAAGGGAAGGAAGAAGAAUUUUGGCAAAUGCAAGCCAAGCUUAGUGAACUUGAAAAAGCACUUUAUCGUCUUCAAGGUCAGUUGGUGGAACGUAAAGAAAAAGAUUUUUGCCAGUUCACCUAUAACCAUUUUGUUAUUCCUGGCUGUAAAUGCAACCAACCUACUCGUUAUGCCCAGAUCAAAAAUGGAGAGGGAGAGAAACGGUUAGAUCUAGAUUAUAUUAGGGACAUUGCUAAUAGGCUUGGGAAAGUCACCAUUUUCAAUGUUUUUGAUUGGCUGUGUAGUUUUGAGGAAGAAUACAAGAUUUGGCUUUGGAGUGGAAAAGAUGUUGAACAGAUUCUACUCAGGUGCAUGAAUACAAGCACCUUCUCUUCAUUACCUUUGAGUGUGAGAACAUGCCAAACUACUUUGCUCGAUAUCUGCAAACACAUAGCUGAAAGGUUAAUUCCUGACCUGGAUGGAAUACUGGACACAGAAAAAAUGAGUGAGGGUGAUGAUGUGUUACAAUAUUUUCAUCGUAUGUGGAUGAUAUACCGCAUUACAGAAAACCCAGAUUUCCAAAAUAAGGAUGAUUUAAAAUACACCAAAGCCAUCUUUCAAGGCCUGCUCCCACACUUAUAUGAAGAGUUGGGAACAUUUUGUUUUGACGAUUAUGAGGACUUAGAAUGUGCUGUACUCUCGGCUGAGUAUUCAUGGUCGGAAUCAGAAAAGUAUAGUCAAAAUUGGUAUAAGAAGACAUAUAGAGCGGGACCUGGAUGUCCUUCACGCUAUCGGAUAUGGAACAGGUUACAGAAAUAUAAUGUUCCUUAUGAAAACAUCCACAAUGCUCCUUACUGGGAACUUUUGGUGUACUUGAGCAGAUUUGAAGAUCUUGAAACAGGGAAGCCAAGAUGAAUUGCAAAGAGUAUAAAAAUACCCAAAGACAUGUUCCUACUGAUCAUCCAAUCAGAGAAGAUUUUAUGUUCUGGUUUAUCACUUUAAAACAAAAUGGUACAUUGAAAAAAUCCAAGCCUAUGAAUGCACAGCACACACAUUGAAGUCUUUGGGUAAAGGGGUGCAGCUGAGACUGCUUGGCCUGACUUGAAGACCAGAAAACCUAGGCUCCAAUUCUGUAGCUAUGUAGGAUCUCCCCUUCAGCCAGUCUCCAGCAGAAUACUGGGUGGAACAGAAGAUGGAAGCUUACAUGUGUAUGUGAGUGAGUCUGUAUAUAUGUGUGUAGUCCAAACAUGAACUAUUGAUUUUGGCAAGUCGGCUUCAAGAGCUUGCCAAGGGGUCUAGUUGGAUAUUUUUUUUUUCUUUACAACUAUCCCAAUCACUUUUAUGUUUACUGUCCCUUUAGACAUAAACAGUCUUGGCUGUGUCCUGGCUCCCCCAAUCCUGAGCCAUUUGCCAGUAAUAACGACAGGCUAGGGGAAUAUCAGAGCUGCCCGAUAGAAAGAUAAAUGAAUCCAUUGCUGAAAAACUAACAAAAACCAUUUUGUCCUUUUGAUCUUCCCUGUGUAAUCUUUUUCUCUUCACAAUAAUUGUUACAGGGAUUCCUGUGUUUCUAAUAAAUCUUACAAUAUCUUAUCAUCUUUCCUCACAUUGUUGGCUUGUCUCCCAGAAUCAAUCUGCUCCUGCUCACCGGCUGCCAGUACAAUGGAGCUAUUACUGACUUUCUUUGGCUAAAAUUCUCUAGUUUCUGUCACAUGGUCUCUACCGAUGAGAGCUUAGAGGGUCUAAAUCCAUAGGUCUUGUAUAAAGAAUAUGGGAAACUUUUUGGUGCUUUAAUAGCUGAGACGAUCAUUACAUCUCCUGAUACAUAGUACAGCAGGAGGGGUGAGGGGGUAGCGACAGCUGCAGUCAUAUUUGUCAUUGUCUUAAAAGACCCCAAAAUCAAUUGGGCUCCUUUAAGAAAAAUGUUUGCACCAAUGCAAAAUCUGUAACAGGACCCCCCAGCUAUCACAUGCCAGUCACAGCACAAUCUUCUCAAAUGAAGUGGAGGGUUUUUGGGGGGAAAUAUUUGCACUCCCAAUUGUAAAGCUUAUAGUAGCUGAUAUCGUUCACUUCUAUGCAUGUCAAUGGAGAUAUGUAACACAGACUUUCUACCUUUCACCUUCUUGAAAUAAUACUACUCAGCUUAGUACUGUGGGCCUCAAGUAUCAAUUACCACAGGUCAAGAAAAUUGUGCAAUUAUGUUACAUAAUACAGCAUGCAAAAUAUACAGUACAGCAAAUAGAAUCAAUGUCAUGCACAAAGCUAAUCCCAUCGUACAUGUCCCUCUCCCCCCAACACCAGCUUAAGUGCUGAAAAAUGUGUAUAUGUUAUAGAAGCAUUUCUUUGGAUUAGGGAUAGAUCUACCUACAUACACAGUGAUGGGCAUUUAUCAAGAAGGGUGUACCCAUACGGUAGUCUUAAUUUCCCUGCACUGGCGUGAAAUGCACCUAAUUGAGGGUCCAUUCACACGUCCGCAAAAUGGGUCCGCAUUCGUUCUGCAAUUUUGUGUAAUGGGUGCAGACCCAUUCAUUUUCAAUAAGGGCCGGAAUGUGCUGUCCGCAUUUGCGAAUCCGCACUUCAUGCUUCCGUUUCAGCAAAAAAAAUAGAACAUGUCCUAUUCUUGUCCGCAAUUGCGGACAAGAUUAGGCAUUUUCUAUUAUAGUGCCGGCAAUUUGCGGUCUGCAAAUUGCGGAAUGCACAUUGCCAGUGUCCGUGUUUUGCGGAUCCACAAUUUGCGGAUCCGCAGAACACUUACGGACGUGUGAAUGGACCCUAAGAGCCAGGUGUCGCAUCUCUGCCCUGUCAUGCACCAAAAACUGAAGUCUAUGCCAGCCAGGGGCUGGAAUAUACUUAAGCUAUAACUUACACCAGUUUCUGCUAAAAGUUCUAGUAAAUCUGGCGGUCCAUUUGAAGCAUCUCCCCCUCCUGAUAAGCCAUGCCCCUUUCCCAAAAAUAUGAGCUCGAAAAGUUGCAAAUUAUUGUGCAAAUAUAGCGUGCACCAUAAUCUCCAGCUUUUUUACGCCACAGUAGUGGUGUAAAUGGUUUAGUAAAUGUCUUUCGGUAAAUUUCAUACCAAAUAUGACCCACCCCCCCUCACCAUUUUUUUUUAUUACUUCUGCUAUAACGUUGAUGGCUUUGCUGCUUAUAUUUGUAAACCUCUACAUAAGCUUUGCCUGUUUACUAGUCUGUACAGGUAAUAUCAUCUGCAUUAUUUUCUGCAAUUUAUGAAUCAAUCCUUGAAUAAGUAUCUUGAGCUUUAACAGUCAAUAAAGUUUAACUAUACUAAACAAUAAACUUUCUUCAGAUCA